GCGCGGACCGGAAGUUCGCUAGGGUUCGCGACGUGCCGGCGUACGGACGCGUCCACAACCAGCACUACUUCCACAAGGUCUUCAAGGCCUACAUGCGCCUCUGGAAGUACCAGCAGGAGAAACGGUCCAAGCUCAUCGAGGCCGGUCUGAACCGCUGGGAAAUCGGCGAGAUCGCGAGCCGGAUCGGCCAGCUCUACUUCGGCCAGUACAUGAGGACCAGCGAGGCCAGGUUCCUCGUCGAGGCCUACGUCUUCUACGAGGCCAUUCUUAGCAGGAGCUACUUUGAGGGGUCCAAUUCCAGUUCCAAAGCCUUCGGGAAGAAGGAUCUCGGCGUUAGGUUCAAGGAGUUGAGGUUCUACGCCCGGUUUUUGCUCGUUUCGUUGAUUUUGAACCGGACCGAGAUGGUUCAACUUCUCGCUGAGCGGUUCAAGGCUCUUGUUGAUGACUGCAAAGCCAAUUAUCGGGAAACUAAUUUUAAAGAAUGGAGGCUAGUGGUGCAAGAAAUUGUUCGAUUUAUGAAAGUUGAUACGGCCUUUAUGAAUGUUAGGCCAUUGCGAUAUUCCACCUUGUUUGAUUCACAUCCAUCAUCUCUUCCAUAUGUGGCUCGUUUCCAUGCAAAGAGGGUUUUAAAAUUUCAAGAUGCAUUGCUGACAAGCUAUCACCGUAAUGAGGUCAAAUUUGCUGAACUUACAUUGGACACUUACCGAAUGCUGCAAUGUUUGGAAUGGGAGCCAAGCGGGUCUUUCUACCAAAAGCGUGCAGUGGAAUCCAAAGAGAAUGGCACUUUUAUUGAUCACUCCGGGGCUUCUGCCGCAUCUGGAGUAAUCGAUAUGAACUUGGCUGCAGACAUGACUGAUCCAACUUUACCGCCAAAUCCAAGGAAAGCUGUUAUUUACCGUCCAUCUGUGACACAUUUGAUUGCGGUGAUGGCUACAAUAUGUGAGGAGCUCCCUCUCGACAGUAUUAUGCUAGUGUAUCUGUCAGCCUCAGGGAAGGCUGGUCGUAAUAAUGUUACUCAGGUGUACAACUCUGGAGGAUCACAUAAAUCCUCAAAAAAUAAAGUUCCUCUCCCAGCUCAGAAUAAUUCUAUGCCUGAAUCUUGUAUAAACAACAAGGGAGAGUCAAGUGGCUAUUACGACCAAUAUUUGUGGUUUGGCCCUAGAGGAAAUGGCGGUUUGAGUAACCUCUACCCUGGCGACAUAAUUCCUUUCACUCGGAGACCUCUUUUCUUGAUAAUAGAUAGUGACAACAGCCAUGCAUUCAAGGCUUUACAUGGUGCGGAAAGAGGAGAGACAGCUGCUCUGUUUCUUUCACCUUUGAGACCAGCGUUCAAGAAACCAGCUGAUGCUGAUUUUAUGCAAAAUGGAAGUCAGUUUACCUUUUUCUUGACUACUCCUCUGUCAGCAUUCUGCCAAUUAGUUGGCUUCUCCCCUUCUGAUACUGAAGCAGAGGUUUAUAACGAUGCUGAAAGCAUCCUCUCUGCUGCCUUCUCUGAGUGGGAAGUUAUUCUUUGUACAUCAACAAGCCUGGAUCUGGUAUGGGCACAAGUUAUAUCUGAUCCAUUUCUGCGGCGACUUAUUCUGAGAUUUAUAUUCUGCAGAGCUGUGCUCUCAUUCUUCUGUCCUCCAGAAGAUAGCGAGCAGUAUUUGCCGAUUUGCCUACCUCUUCUUCCCAUUUCUGUUUCUCCAGAUUCUGAAGUUGUGCAGUCUGCUGUCCACCGUCUUGCAAAGCACCUCAGCGUCUCUGACUUUUUUCACUUUGUUGACACAUGAUUACUUGAUUAGAUAUCAAAGCUAGAUUGUAAGUAUAGCGAUGCAUCUUCUGGGGUUAACGUGUCGUAAAUCCGGUUUGACCACAGCACAGAUCAAUCAACUGGGCUUAUUGGGUUUGAGAAGAUACUGGUUGAUACGCUCAAAAUAUAGAGAAAAUGUUUGAGCGAGGUCAUGCAGCCCUGUUGUUUCUCGAUGAUGUAUGGUGGUUUCGUUGUAUGAUCAUUAUAGUACAGUAUGAACUUUGCCAGGUGAAACUUUGGAGCUUUUUCAAAUUACAUAUAAUUGUCAAUACAAAGUAAAAAAAAAUCAGCUAGUGAAAUGAGAUCUAAAUUUUUUAUUUUAUUAUUAUUAUUUUUUUCUAACCUUUCUUGGCGGCACCAUUGCGUUCUUGGUGAAGCUUAGGUAGAUGUAAACAGGUACCGAGGAGUUUAUUGAAGGCCUCUUGUACUGACUCUAGAAUUCGAUUUGAGUUUUUGGUUUGUAUUGUUUUAGUUUUUACUAUUGCUCAUUUUUGCUGGGUUACUUGGUAUAAAAAGGCUUUCUUUGUUCUU